AUGUCUAGCACUUACCAUAUCGUCCCACGGGAGUCUGAAGACUCAAAUUCGGCUCCUUUGUUAGCUACGCCAGAAGUAGAGCCCCAAGCAAAACUUCCAUCGACCUAUUCGAUUAAGGGUUCCACUGCCGGCGCUUGUCUACGAGCUUUUUCUACCAGUCUCGCCAUCAUAUCUUUUGCGUUCUGGGUGAAAGAUGGCCAUAGGAGCUUCAUUGCUGCCUGUGUAUUUGAUAUGUUUUUGAUUUUAUUUAAUAUCUUCCAAUUUUUCAACUUCAUCUUCUCGGAUGUUCUCAGUGUCACGGUCAAUCUCCGUAGCCGACCACAACCUGUCACUCUCGGCACUUCGAACAUGAAAUAUAGAAUCUCAAUGUACUUUGACAUUGGGUUGGCACUUAUCUUAAUGAUGUGUACGAUCAUCGGACACGAAACAAGGGACGAUGGAUACCGCGGCGCAAAAUUAUGGGUUGCAGGCGCUAUACUUGGAUACAUCGUAGUUUUUAUUCAGUUAGCUCUUGCUCUUCCACAAGUGUUUAAUAGGAAGUUAACUUUCUCCGUCGAAGUCGCUCGCGGUGCUACUUCCGAGCCUACUUCCAAAGCGAACUUCCCCGGCGAGAUCAAGCUUGGAAAAGAAGCGAGUUACCGCUUUUCUGAGGAUGAGCUGCCCAGACAAUCGACGGACACGGUGGUUUAG